CCCCCGCCUCAACUUCUUAAAUUUUCGUUUAUCCUCGUAAAGAAAGAGAGAGAAAAGAAAGUUAAAAGACGAAGGCAAGAGAGAAGAAAAGAGAGAGAGAGAAAGAGAAAGAUGGAGAGAGAGAGAGAAAAAGAAAGAGAUUGAAGGAGAGAUAGUUAAGUAGGUGUAGGUGUGUGUGUGUGUUUGUGUCUGUGUCUGUGUUUGUGUUUGUAUGUAGGCAUAUGUUUGUGUUUUAUUAUUUUGAACAUUACAACUAAGAGUGCAUGACUCCUUUCAAAGACAGCGGUGCUUAAGAGAAAAUAAAUUCAAAGAAAAGAUAAAAGGAAGUGUCAGUAGUAUCAGUCAGCCUUAUCCAUUCCUCAGGCAAACCCACGAGAAAGAAAAAGAAGAAGAAGAAGAAGCAAUAAGAAAUAAAACAGCGGCUUAGAGAACGAGAAACAAAAGGAAGAAAAAAUAAAUAAAAGUCGCUAAGAGACAGAAGUACAAUAGAGGAAAAGAAAAAAAGAUUUAAAAAAGUGUAUUUAACCCUCUGUCGACAAAACGUUUUAUGGAAACGAAGCAGGGAAUAAGAGAGAGAUAAAGAAAAAGUGAUAACACAUAAAUAAAGAUAACAAGAAGGAAAAAGAAAUAAUUUUUAAAAAACAAGAAAGAUAACUCUUAAAUAAAGAAAAGAAAAGAGAAAGGAAAAAGAAGGAAAUUAUAGAAAACAAAUAGAUAAAUAUCCCACAACGGUAACCAAGAAUACAACGUAGGGAUAUGCAGUGUUAGUCGAACGCAAAACGGAACGGCGAAAAGAAAAAAAAAAGAAUUGACGUUUUAAAAUGAUAUUCUGAAGAAGUUCCUUACUGUAGCCGAGACCCAAAGGAGAGGGAUUUCUCUUCCGGAUUUUUCUUUCUCUCUCUCUCUUUCUCUUUUUCUCUAUCUUUCUUUCUCUUUCUAUCUCUUAUUUCUUCUUCUUCUUCCCUCUCCUGCUGCCGGAGGAUGUAGCGUGACCCGGCUGAGCGAAGGAACUUUUCUGAAGAGUCCACACUGCCUUCGUCCUCCUGCAGACAAUGUUCACGUGGUGGAUCUCCUGGCUGUGGGCGUGGCUGCUCUGGUCUUCGUGGGCGUGCGCGGGCGUAGGCGUCGGAGCGGUGUGGGCGGCGGGCAUCGGGCAGCAGAAGGUCCUGAGCAGCCCGACGGCGACCAGAGGAGGGGCGUCGGGCAAGACAGGCGCCUCGGCAAAGGACAUCAAGCUAGGGCCGGGGAUGGGCGGGUCGGCGGUGCAGUUGGGCGGCGUCGAGGGCGCGCAGCACUUCGCCACGCAGCCCACGCCGCAGACGGCCGUGGUUGGUUCUACGGCCGUGCUGCCCUGCAGGGUAAUUAACAAGGUCGGGCAUCUUCAGUGGACAAAGGACGGCUUCGGCUUAGGAACUGAGCGGGACCUGUUCGGAUUCUCUCGCUAUGCCAUGAUAGGGUCGGAUGAUGAAGGAGACUUCAGCCUGAGGAUCAAGCCCGUGCUCCUCGAAGACGACGCCCUCUACCAGUGCCAAGUGUCAGCCAGCGAGGGAGUGCCAGGCAUCCGAUCCCACACGGCGAGGCUGACGGUGUACAUCCCACCCGAAGCUCCUCGAGUACGACCUCCCGUGCUUGAGACGACGGCGGGGAUGACGGUGUCUCUGGAAUGCGAGAGUCGAGGGGGACGUCCGUCGCCUGAGAUCCAGUGGGUAGACGACAGCCGGCGAGAGACCAUCCGCACGGGCAUCACAUGGGACAAGGAGGUAAUGCCCGACGGGAAACGCACGACGGUCAAAUCUCGCCUGAGUUUCACGCCCCGUCGGUCGCACCACAACUCCACCAUUACGUGUAUCACUUCCAACCAGGCCCUGAGUUCUCCGCUGAAAAGUUCCAUCCAGCUGAAGGUCCUGUUCCCUCCGGAGGUUGGCCUCAGCGUCAAACCCCAAACGCUGGUCGAGGGCGAUGACGCAACCUUCUACUGCAACGCCGACGCCAACCCCAGCUCCAUUACGUACAGAUGGUACCACAAAAGCCACCUGCUCGAGAAUGAGACGUCGAGAUCCCUCACGCUCUCCAAGAUCUCCAGGAACUUCCACCAAGACGCCAUAUCCUGUGAGGUGUCGAACAAAGUGGGCACGUCCAAGAAGACCCAGAGCGUGCUCGUGCAGUACGGCCCGACCUUCCGCUCCUUACCUCGCGACGUGGCGGCCGAGGAAGGGAAGGAGGUCGUCCUCAAGUGCGACGUCGACUCCAACCCGCCGUCUUCCAUCGUGUGGCUCAAGGAGGGCAACCAUAAGAUCAUCGACUCAGGCUCCGAACUCCGUGUGGUGGUUCGGCCGGCGACCUCAGGCAUGUACACCUGCAUCGCCACCGUCAGAGGCUUUCAGGAACUGCGCGGAAGCCUUCGGGUGCUGGUGAAAGGUCCUCCUCAGAUCGUGAGUUCGAGUGACCAGCAAGGAAGGAUGGGCGACACCGUGACUCUGGAGUGUAGCACUGUCUCCAUCCCGAGCCCUAUAAGGAUCACGUGGACGUAUAAAGGAAGGGAAAUUGAUCUUAGCGACCCCCGCUACGAGGUCGUGGAGGACCAGCAGGACGAAGGAUUCCGCAACAUCCUAGUGAUCCACGACGCCGACUCGCAGGACUUCGGGGCCUACAACUGCUCGGUGGUGAACGAGUACGGCGUCGCCAGGAAACAGAUACGGCUCAACGAGGAGAAGAAGGUGCCAGUGCUCCUCCUAGUCGGCGGCGUCGUGGCACUCCUCCUCGUGGCGAUCGUGGUGGCAUCGCUUAUCCUGUGCAACAAGAGACACUCCAGCUUGAAAGAUUAUCUCGGCCGAAGAACUGUGAGAUUCCGUAAAGGAUCGCCAGUGCCAGAGAAACCUCCGGCAGUGACAGUAGUACCAGGCCCCCCCGUCGCCAACAUGUACUCCGCGCCGUCAGACACUAAGCUGGAUUGCGACCUCACGCCCACGCCCACCCACCGGCCCUUUGACGAACUCACGCCCACAGAGGAGGCCAAGAUGCGGGCGGCCCAUACUCUUAAUAGACUGAGUGGCGAGUCAGCCCAUACAUUCAUACCAGACCCAGACGCUGACGGAGGAGGCCCCGGCUAUGUGCCCUUCGUAGACUAUAGCGGCCGAGACUACGCCCCCGUGCCCAACGGUCGGCGGGCGUCCUUCAGCGACCUGGGCCCCUACAUCACGCCCGAGCCGUCGCUGUCGCCCGCCGCGCCCGACUUCUGCACCAUCAGGAGAGGCACGAGGAUCAGUCAGCUCGGCGUCGGCAACGGCACCAAUAGCCUCUUGGGCUCCGCCUACCACGACGCGCCCACGCUGCGGCUCAACGGCACCGCCCACGCCCUCGCCUCCCGGCACUCCUCCUACGCCGCCCACCUCAACUCCAGCUACGGGUCGCCGCCUCCGCCCCCCUACCCCCGGGGCUCCAAGGUGGGCUCGCCCCGGGGAACCUCCCCGACGGGCCCGGCCACGCUCGCCCUCAACAGCGCGGCCGCCCACGGGGACGAGCGGGCGUCCCCCGAGACCAAGUACAUUUUCUCCCCCGAGGCCAUGAUGAAGCCCGGGACGCUGGUGUGACCUUAGCCGAGAGUGCCAGCCGCGCGGACACAAAGGCGGCACCUUCCCUGAGGGCGCGGCCGCCCAGCGCGAUGGUCAGACUGCACGCCCUGCCUUCCCGCCCGCUCUCUGUCGUCUCUCUGGCCUCGGGCUCAGGUCAGGCGAGCGGCCACGACCUGGAAUAUCCACGGGCGCAUGACCUGGAAUGCUCGCAGGUCGUGGCCCGCAAAGAAGAGCACCGGCUCCGUGCCAGGAAAAGCGAGGCCGUGGAAACCCCGAGCAAGGAAGUCAAGGCGGGGAAAGGCGGGGGGGGGGGGGGGAGGCCGCAGCGGACGCCUGUUUCCAAGGAGGCCGUCUUCGGGCUCGCGAAGAUAGGCCUACCGACGCAGGGCAGCGAAAACAGGCCUACCGCCGAAGGGCAUCGAGGAGGCGGGGCGCGGGAAGCCUUGCACGUGCUUGGACCUUUGCUAAAGCUUCCUUUUUUGUUGUGGUUUUCAAUUCCUACGAAAGAGAAAAAAGAGAAUUUCCAAAAAAAAAAAGAAGAAACCUUGGAUGAAGAAAUCCGAGAAGGACUUCCGUAAGAGUUCUAUGUGUUCCUUCCAAGCGACGAGGAGUGACGUCACGCUGUGCCACUCGUUAACGAAAUUAAGUAUUCGUUUCUGUGUGAACACUGAGACGUGCGUGUACAUAUGCGUGUUUAUAUGAUAUAGGUCAUCGCAUUUUACUAAUGAUAUUUGACUUUGAACAGCGUUAAUUCGAUAUAUUAUCAAACUUAUUUAUUACCUUUGGGACCUAAUCACAUAUUAACACCAUAAUUGAAAAGAUCAAUCAGCUCAUAGCCGUUAAUUGAUAUUGGAUAGAACAGCAUUUUUAUUAAUGAACUAAAUGCACAUAUAUAUGUAUUUGUUCAAAAGCUCUCUUUUUAUCGAAGAGGAAGGCUGGGGAGGGAGAGAGAGGGGGCGGAGCUUAUUUCAGAUUCGGUCAGUAAAAGACUGUGUUGCAACUAUUUCCAUUUUUACCCCUAAUAUACCAUGAUCGCUGUCCAUUUCUCAUGUUUCAGUUUUUUUUUCUAUUCUUUUCCACCCUUGUCCCACUCCCUUUCUCUUUCUUUUUCUUUCUUUCUCACUUUCAUUCCUUCUCUCUUUCUCUCUUUCUCUCUCUCUCUAUGUAUAUAUAUAUACCUAUCUAUAUCACACACACACACACACACACACACACACACACACACACACACACACACACACACACACACACACACACACACACACACACACACAUACACACACACAUACACGCACGCACACACACAUUUGCAUUCUCACUGAACGUCCCUCUCAUCUGACUCAUUUAGCAAACAGGAAAGGCAGGAAACUUCGCCAUGUAAUUAAAGUCGAGUUUUCUCCUUUUUUUUCCUUUCCUUUCCUUCUCACUUUUUUUUUCUUUUUCCUUUUUUUUCAUCACCUUCAGAGGAAAUGCCUCGUUUCUCUAAUUUGCUGCAACAAUGACGCGGUGUUCUGCAGAGCGUUAACAAUUACUCGAGUGCCAAGUUGCCUCCUAAGUUUGUGUCUCUCCACGAGUCCGAGCGAAGGCUUUGGCGAAAGGAAGGGAAAGGAAAAAGGAAAAAAAAAAUAAAAGGUAAGAUUUGGCGAAAGGAAAGGAAAGAAAAAGGGGGAAAAAAAUAAAAGGUAAGAUUUGGCGAAAGGAAAGGAAAGAAAAAAGG